CCCGCCGACCGCAGUUUGAAUCGCGGCGCGGUGCUGAGCGGAUGUGUGGACGUGUGGUUAUUAUUCAAUAGCCAAAUUGUACCACAUUGUUACCGCAUUACGUGUUGUUUGCGAACCGAGAGUCGUACUGUAAUUAGUGUUGUUUCGUACCGUUUGUGUUGCAUAAGUGCUGUGUUUGCUGGUACAACUCAAUCUCUUCACAAUACACGGAUAUAAAACCUUCUAUUAUAAGCAGUAAUCACGUGAGAAUGGACCGCCAGGACGUGCAGUGUAGUGCGUAGUGCAGUGAUGUGAGCCAUGCCCUCGGACAGCGGAGCCACGUGGUCGCCGCCCGCUCCCAGCGAGCGGCGCCUCAGCAACUCCUCGGAUGGCAGCGCGGGCAGCGGCUACUCCAAAGCCACGUCAGACAGCGCGGACUUCCUCACAACCCGGCCGCACACAGCCGCCGUGUUACCGGGAAAGCCGGCGGCCAACCCGCUGCAGUUCGUCAAGGUCGGGCCGGCGGACCUGGGCCACAAGGCGCGCGAGCAGCUGCGACGAGCCGAGCUCGCCAAGAAGACAGAGCCUGCGCGGAUCGAGCGGCAGGAGGACUGGCAGUCGAACUUGGACAACUGGAAGUCGUCGCGACGGAAGCGCGUGGAGCACAUCAUCGAGCGCUGCGUGGAGGUGCGCAGGUUCGAGAACGAGUCGCACAGCCAGCCGCGCGCCAAGGCAAAGACCUUCAACGAAAUGUUAGAAGAGCGCGCCGGUCGCAGAAGGCGGAAUCCGCUGGCCCUGUACACAGAAGAUGACGGGCACGACCUGAGUGACCUGGGCAUCGGCACCUCCAGCACGAAGAGCAGCCUCAGCGAAGACUGCGACACACACAGCUUGGCAAGCGACGGUAUGGACCAUGAUAAAAACCAUUCAGAUGUAGACCAUACAUCAAAUUGUGACCACAAUCGCAAACUGGGUUCCAGUGCCAACGAAUACGACACCUGUACGACCACGACUAUCAGCUCGCCCGAACCCGAGGAGUACACUUACGAGGGCGCUAUAGAGGGAUACAAGUCAAGAAUCAUCUCACAAACGAACAGCAACAUCGUCAAAACGGUCGUCAACAAUAACUUAAAAGAGAAAUCGCCAGACACAUCCAACGGUGAUAUCAACAGAAUCAGAACGUCAGUGAGCAAUAAAAUAGAAGAAAAAGUAUUCUCAUUCCAACAAGAGAGAGCGAAUGACCUCAAAAAUAAUAACCAAAAAAAGGAUCUACCUAAAGUCGAUAUACACAAACGAAGGGAGCAGUUCGAGAGAGAAAACUCACAGGAACUGCAAAUAAGGAAACCAAAAUUACCUGAUAUGGCAAACAAAAAGUCGAUCAAAGAACGACUGUCCUCGUUAGAAAAGUUUAACGAAGAAAGUUAUUUCCAGAAAUCGUCAAGUGACUUAACUAAAUUGCCUGUCGAAGUAAAGCCUCUUAAAGAAAGACUAUCGUCACUUAACAAUUUAAAAUCCUCCACUGCGGAAGUCGAUAAAGUGAAGAGGCUGUCAAACGGAGAUCUUAGCAACACUAAAUCACUAAAAGAGCGUUUGUCAAGUCUCAAGUCGCAAACAACAGAAGAGGAAGUCAAAGUCACAAAAACAGAGGUGAAGGAAGUCUCUAUGAGCAUCAAAGAACGCUUAUCCUGUCUCGAUGCAGCAAAGAACAAAGAAGUACCAAAACUAUCGAUCGAAGAAGAAAUUAUGCAGAAUGACCAAAUCAAAGAAGAGGCGGAUUACAACGAAUUGAAAGAUAAGUUGUCCGACAGUUCAUACAAACUGGAAGAUCAAAUGCAGAGUUUUUGUCGCUCGCUUGAUAGUUUAGAUAUCAAUGGUCAAUCUUCGCCCAAUUCCUUCGAAAGAAUUCAAAGUCUCGAAGAUUUCGAUUGCGGAGAAAUCCAAAAUAAUACUGUUCCCAGCGAUAUAGAGACGGAGGACAGUGGCAUCCACACCGCGAGGGACUCAUGCGCGCCAGCUGAUGAUAUAGCAGAUCUAACUCAGGUAGCUUCUCCCAUCGGAGAACCUAUGGCCGAAGUAUCUGAAUAUGAAUCUUCUAACGAAGACGGCGCGACUUUGGUUCCAACUAAAAUUGAAGAACCUGAUGAUAUGAAUGCAGAGCCGAAACAUCAAUUGAAAACGGAAUUUCUGAUCCAAGAAUAUGAAAAAGAGAGUCAGGCUGACGAUAGUGACAGUGCAAGCAACUAUACUCAAGCAGUCUCGCAGCCUGAAGAGCUAAGUGUCACGGAAGUAACAGAGAUUCAAAUGGACAGAGAAGAUGAAGAUACAUUGAAAAGCUUGGACAAUCAAGACUCUUCCAGUGUAAGUCUGAAUGAACCCGUGUCCACCACGUCGGAAGGCGACACGGUCGUUUUCGAGGGCAAAAUGACUAUUCAUUUGAACUUGAAUGAAAUUUGCAACAAUAUGAGCACUGGUGCAAGGGAAAGUUCUAACACUAACGAAAUACGUACUAAUGACUCCACUAACAACAAAAGCAUGUCAAUGGUGAUAGACGCUUUAGAACUAGCGUUCAAGGAAUUGGAUUCAGAAGAAAGCGUAAACGUUACAAUGGAUGAAAACGAUAGCGAUUCAAAUGAUAAAACCCCAAAAACGAUCACUUUGGAUAAUGUAGAUAAACUACUAGAUUUCGAUGUGGAAAAGAAAGUGUCAGUGACUCCAUUGUAUGAGAAUAUAGAUAUCUUCAAUCAGAAUGGUAUAGUUGAUGCUGAAGCCUUCCCUCUGGAUCUUCCGACGAAUGCCUUGGAGCCGCCGAAGGAGAAACCUCCGCCGCCGCCAAUGGAGGAUAACGCUGAAGAUGAACUACUUGGAAAUGGUAACUUCAAGCACACGAGCUCAGCGCGUCGCAUCAAGAAGGAAAUUCGCAACAAACGAACCAGCUUCCUAGGCAUCGAGGGCCAAGAUGACAGCUACCUAGACGUGGACCUUACACUAGCGCCGCGCCCCGACAUCACCUCCUUCCUCCAGGAGGAGACUAAGAUAGAGAAGCUAUUGUAUAAGAAGACUUUAGCUAAUGAGAUGGAUGCCAAGUUACGUGAUAGCAGAGAUUCUGGCGUGGAUGUGGACAGAGGGUCCGACGGAUGGUAUAAGAGGCAUUCGUCGCCAGAAACUUCCAAUCCCCAUAGCAGACAGAAUAGUGAGCCUUACACACAAAUGACAGUAACAUCAGAUGAGGAGGAAGCAGCGAAGAAAACUACAGAAGAAUCAUUUUCCAAAGACCUCACCACCAAACUCGGCGGCUUGACCGAAAACGGUGAAAAUCACGAGACCAAAAUAGACCACUUGGACAAAAAAAUACAGAAACAACAGGCUCGCACUAACGAGGAUUGGCCUGACGGGCACUUUGACGAUGCUCACACCAAGGAAGUCCUGCGUUUCGAGCGGGAACUCCUGCAAUUAGAACAAGAAGAAUUGCGAAGACAACGAGAAAACCUUUUGAGAGACCAAAAUAGAAUCAUCCAGAAAUCCGUUCAGGACAUAUCAACCACUGGGGUGCCAGAAAAACCGAUAGUCCCAAGAAACAAACCCACCAAUCACAACUACAGACAUUCAAUGCCAAAUUUAUUAGUAAGCGAGAAUUAUAUCCCCCCACCAGUCAUCCCUAAAAGUGUUCCAAUGGAUGAGAACAUGAAGAGAAAGCCUUUUGUGUCUGAAGAACAUAUUCAAAGUCACUUUGGUGUGGAAGAAAGCAGGAAGGUUUUGUUUGACGAUAAGAUGAAGUACGCAGAGGUGAGGAGACCUGUUCCUAAUGUGACGAGACCUCCUCAACCCAUACUGCCUCCGAAGCCUAGAAGUCGAGAUUCCAUUGAAAGGGAGAUUACUAUGAGGAGCAGUAGAGUGCCGUCUGCAGUAGAGUACGCGAAUGUGGAGCGGACCUCCGCUCAGCUGCGGCAGAAAUCUGCCAACGCGAAUGGACAGUACCAACAUAUGACCAGGCAUACUUUACAGGCUCUAAGCGCGGCGCCGACCCCUAAGCUGAUCUCAAACACGGAGUGGCUGCAGACGCGCCAGCCACCAGCGCGCCAAAAACCGCACAACUUUAAUUACAACCAGCACUGGCUCAUACAGGAAGCGGAGCAGCGUCGGUUGCAGGAACAGCGCAGCCCCGCGCGAGUCGUGCCGCGCUACUCGCGCGACAUGCCGCUCCGAGCGCACCAACUCAACAACGCAACUCCAGAGAGACGUCCAGUAAGGCCGGAGCUGGCGCGAGAUGUGCCGCGCAGCGCCGAGCCGAGAGAGGACAAGAUGCUGAGUGUGAGCGGACGACGAAAGUGCUCUCACUGUGGAGAAGAAUUAGGUCGCGGCGCCGCUAUGAUAAUCGAGUCCCUCUCGCUGUGCUACCACGUGUGGUGCUUCACGUGCGCCGUGUGCGGCGCCGCGCUCGGCGACGGGCGCGCCGGUGCCGACGUGCGCGUGCGCGCGCGCCGCCUGCACUGCCACCACUGCUACUCCUCCGACGACGGCUCCAAGUACAGCUGCGUGUGAACACGUCCUUACUAGCUGCGUGUCAACACGGCUUUACAGUGCAGCGCCGUAUAUACGGGAUAUACGCGUGCGAGCGACGCGCCUGCACUGCCAUCACUGUUACUCCUCUGAUGAUGGCUUCAAGUACAGCGUGUGAACACGGCCUUAAGCCGCAGCUUUGUGUGCACAUAACCUUACAUGAUGAUAUACUAUCAUGCCGCGAGAGUAAUGUGAACUUUAUUAAUACCUAACCUUAUUGAUAUCAGGUCGAUCGUUGCAAACGUUAGAGGUAUUUAAUAUUAUAGUGAUCUAACCCACGAAAUGUUAAAAACGGUAACAAGAGUUAGUUACAAGAACUUAAAAAACUAUAUUAAGUGAACAAGGAUUUCCAAAAAUCAUAAUUAAUUUUGGAACUAAAGUGACCCACGUAUUUAUAAAUGAAGUUGUCUAGCUACAUUUCGAAAUUUUACAAAAAUUGUUUUUUUUUUUUUAAAUUCAUAAAUACACUUUUACAUAAGGUCAGUUAAAUUAAUAAAGAGUUGUUAAAUUGGCCCACAGCUGGUCAACAGUUGACCAUAACAUACUUUACAGAUCUAGCAAACUAAUCUUGUUGUUCCUUGUGUAUCAUGGACUUCCACAAAGUAACGCCUGCUUCCAUCCAAAUUGUAGUCCUAAAUCUCAAACCCAAAUUCCCUGUACGACCAAAUCCCCCCUUCCUUAGAAGCGCGCGCGCAUAGUCGCGUGAUGACGUCACGCGUUUGGAUGCGCGCGCGCUCGCACGACCACGUCUCUGGACUCAGCUCGCUCUGAGCCUGAUUGCACGCGCACGUUUCAUUCACACACGUCCUUUCACUCCUUUACUACCCUUACCCGACCUUUACCCCUUCAUCUCUGAAUACAUAUAUUUCAAUCUGAUAUCCAUUUACCCAAAAUGUUAAUCAAAAAGGUUAAAGUUUGUUGUGUUUUUAGUAACUUCAGAAACUAAGGUUUAACUUUUGACAAGAUUAAUAAAUAAUAAAAGCCUUUUUUGCGUACAUUUAAAAAAAAAAAUGGGAGACUUACUAGUUUUAAUCUUGUCAAUGUAGUCUUUAUUCAAAAAACUUUGUACAUUAUCAAAAAAGAAAAAAAUAAUGUUUUUCUUUAAUACUUUAUCGAAGAAGUUUUUGACGAUUUUUGGUUUUCAGUUGUAUUUUUUUUUUGUUGCGCGAAGAAUAAAGAAAUGGCUUUAAUUUAAAUCGGAAAUCUCAUUUUCCAACUUAGGUCACUUUCAGAGUUAUAUAAAGUUUGGUAACAAAAAAUACUUACAUUUAUUAUUUUAAGGAUGUGGUUUAUUUUUCUUCGAAAGAGUUUUCUGUUUUCAUGAAAAGUUUUUUUCUUACUUUUGUUUAACUACUUUACUCGAAUAAUAAAAGAUUCUUGACUUGUUUACGUACGAUUUUUGAACGAUUUAUGUUUAAUUUCAUUGUGAUUUUUCUAUUAAAUACCUUUACAUAAAAAAAAGUACUAAUUUUCGUUGUAUAAAAAUAAUAUUUUUCGUUAAAAAUAUACUUAGUAAGUAAUAUAGAAAUUAUUAACUUAAAUACGAAGUCAACACUUAUGAAUGGUAUUUUUUGGUUUUAAUUCAAUAGUAAACAAGUUAAAACCAAAUUAUAUAAUAGGUUUUGAUUUUAAUAUACAAAGACUUUACUAAUAUUUAGUUUAACGUGGUUCAAAACUUUAUCCUUCUGAAUAAAACAAGUUUUUUACGAAAGACGUUUUAGAACAACUGAUACUAAUUAGAAAAUCAGUCGAGUGUGAGACUCGCACGCGAUGUAAUAUUAUGUCAAUUCUUCAUAGAAUUAUUUAUAAAUUCAACGUUUAAACAUCUAGGCUAUUUUUUAGUAUUAUUUUCACCGAUUUAUCGAUUAGUCGAAGCAAUAAUCGCAAUAAUUUUUGUUUUCUGUUAAAUAAUAAUAAUAAUUAAUUGUACUAAAACACACGUUUUCGUUUCCACUUAUUUUGUGCCAUGCCAUAACGUGUUGAACUAUUUUUAAUCGAUGAUUUACUUAACACUGAUUUGAAUAUGUUUAAUAUAUUAAUAAAAAUAUUAUUAUAUGUAUAUUGUAAAAGCGAGUCUAUACUGUGUAACAUUUUUAUACAAUAUUAGAUAUAUCACAUGUUAUAUUAAAUUCAAAAUAUGUAUUCAUAAAAUUUUUUAUUUAAUAGGAAUAUAGGCACUGAAUUAAUAGCGUAACUUGCUGCUAAAGACCUUUACUAUACAUCAAUAAGUAAAUAGAUACACAGACUGUCAAGUUUUUUGUAACAGCUUGCAGUUAUGAGUGUGUUGCUAUAUAAAUGUGCCUAAGAAAUACGGCCUAUGUUAUGUAACAAUAUUACACGUGUUAUAUAAAAUAAUAAAAAUGUUACAUAGUCUGGAUUCACCUUAAGGAAAGUGUAUUUAAAAUACAGUAAGGGGAGUUUGUAUAAUUUUGUAAAUAAUUUUAACUUAUAUCCUAGAGUGUGUUAAUUUAGCUUUAAUAGAGUAUUUUAGGGUUAAUAUUUGAACAUUUAAUCCAAAAAUGUUUAUUGUUUUUAUUAUUGUAUAUUAUUGUCGUUUUGUAUUGCAUCACUUUAACAUAGUAUUUCUGUAUAAUUUGUGCAAAAAAAAUCUUACAGAAUUUUGAUAAUCCUUCUUGGUUCUUGUUCAAACAAAAUAACGACAAUUUUGUCAUCAUAAAUUACAUAUUUUUUUUGCACAAACUAUACAGUUAUACAAAAAUAAGGGUAAGACUACACUGUCAAUAUUAAUUUUCUUUAUUUAUAGUCACAAUUAAAAUAACAUUGUGGUUAAAUACUUAUAAUUUGAUAAUAAUUACCAACUGUACACAAAACAAUUUUUUUUAACAUUCUGUACUCGCAUUUCGAUUCAACGCUUGUACAGAAAGUAGUUGUUCAAUAAUUCGUCCUCUUCGAGAAAGGCAAAGGUCGUAGCCCGUACAGCCUGGUGAGUCAUAGGGGAUUUUUCUUCUGUACUUAUACAUAAAGUUAAUAUUUUGUCAACAACUCUUCACGCUGGAAAUAUCAAUCUAUGAUUCUAAAAUACUUGAGUUUUGUGCGUAGAAUUAUGAUUACUAAAUAUAAAGCCUCUACCGUGUUCAUUGAACUCAGUUAUUUUGUGUACAGAGUUGGUUUAAUAUUUAUUGAUAGUAUAGUGAUGCCCUAAAAAUGGUCUAUAUUGUAAUUAUACUGAUUUCGAUCAACCCUGUACAUUGUAUAUGUGAGUAGCUACAACGUAUAUCAAUAAAAUAUUACGAACUUA